AUGGAAUACAAACUUGAAUUUUUAAGCUAUUUACUUAUUUUCAAAAAAAAGAAUGAAAGGAUAUCAAAAUUUGAUGAACAAAUAAAGACAUGUAUUAAUAUAUUUGAAAAAUCAAUAAUAAAUGAAAGCGAUCUAAAAUAUCUUUUUGAAAGGAAUAUCUUGGAUAUGAACCCAGGUGUGCGUUCCAUGUGUUGGAAAUUAGCUUUAAAGCAUUUAAGCUUAGAUUCAAAUAAAUGGAAUACAGAAUUAAUUGAAAAAAAAAAAUUAUACGAAGAAUAUAUAAAAUCGUUUGUCAUUAAUCCUUAUUAUUCUUGUGUAGAUAAUAAAAAAAAGGAAUUUGUAAAAGAAACAGAAAAGGAACCAAAGGGUAAAAAUAUGAAGGAUGAAUAUAUUGAAUACAAUCUUGAUAGAAACAAAACAUAUUAUCAUAAAGAUGAUUCAUUAUUAAAAUUACAAAAUGACAAUAAUACUAAACAGAUGGAUUAUUUAGAGGAUGAAAAGUAUUCAAGUAUGGACGAUGAAUGUUCAGAAGAUAACUGGUUACAUUCUGAAUUGUUCAGUCAAAUAAAUAAAGACACCUUUAGAACUAGACCAGAACUUUCCUUUUUUAAUUUAAACCCACAACAAACUAUUAACAGUAAUAUAAAAAUAUUAAACAGUUUAAUUAGUACCGAAACAUUUGAUGAAGAAGAACAAAGAGAAAAAAAAAGAAAUAAUUUGGAAGAUAUAGAAGGAGAACAUAUUCCUUAUUUAGUAAAUAUAAACAAUGUGAAUAAUUUUAAUAAUAAUGAAACGAUUAAGUUUUAUAAUAAAAUCAUAGGCAACAGAAAUGAUCCUCCUGAUAAUAAAGAAAAUAAAAGUAAGUGUGUUGAUGAUGAUAAAAAUAUAUGUGUUCAUAAUAAUUUACCAAAGGAAGAAAUGAAAAACAAUAAAAAGCUAUUUCCCCAAACAUGUAAAAAUAAAAAUGUCUAUAAAAAUGAUAAGCAGAAUAUUUCAGAAGUAUGUGAUAUAAUAAAACCAAAAAGACAUUAUGAUUUGUUGUGCAGGAUUUUAUUUAUAUAUGCUAAAAUUCAUCCUUAUGUUAAAUAUGUUCAGGGAAUGAAUGAGAUAUUAGCCCCAUUAUAUUUUAUCAUAUUUAAUGAUCCUUUAUGCAAUUGUACUUUACAAGGAGAGGCAGAUACUUUUUUUUGUUUUCUUGAAUUAAUGCAAAGACAGAAAGAUGUUUUUUGUGAAGGUCUUGAUAAUACAGAUGAUGGUAUUAAUGGCAAGUUAAAAAAGUUUUCUCUUUUAUUAAAAAUGAAAGAAUAUGAAAUAUGGAAAAAAUUAUAUAUUUUAAAAAUAGAAACUCAAUAUUAUGCCUUAAAAUGGAUAUUAUUAUUAUUAACACAGGAAUUUGAUAUGGCCGAUACAAUAAUAUUGUAUGAUCAUUUUAUUAUUAAUAAUAAUGAAAAUUUUAUUUUAUAUAUAUGUUUAGUUAUAUGUAGUAAAUUAAAAAAUUCUUUAUUAUGUGGUAAUUUUACGGUGAACCUAAAAUUAUUACAAAAUAUUCCUCCUUUUGAUCCAUACGAUAUAAUAAAUGAAGCAAAAUAUUUAAUGAAUUCAGAUAUCAAAAAUAAUAUUAAUAUAACUGAUAUAUAUAAUGAAUAUAUUAGUCAAAAGAAAAGGAAUAAUCCUUUACAAAAUAUUCAAUAUGAUGAAUCUUCUCUUGAAAUAUUAAAUGAAUUCGAAAAACCAAUAGACCAAAAUGAAAGCACUUUAAAUAAAACUGCAAAUCUUAUUAGUAAUAUAAAAAAUAAAUUUAUUGUUCAAAAUAUUAAAAAUUACAUUACUAAAAAGAAAAUUGAUAUGAUCAAAAAAUUUGAUCAAAAUAUCGAUGAAGAAUGA